CCCUCGCUUCCCGAUAGAUACAAUACAUGCGGCCUCUGUGUGUAUAAAGCAGGCCUCCUAUAGCUGCUUCUUCACGUCUGAUACCCCCACCAUAUCGCUUUCAUUCAUUCAUGUCACACACAUCACUGCUGCGCUGAUCCAUCCAUCUGCUCUCUUCUCUGGGUAGACGCAUCCGAUCUGACAUCGGAGCCAACUACCAAGCUUGCGAACUCGUUGAUCGUCUCGCUCUGUGUGACUUUGCAUUGAUUGCUGCCAUUCGUUGUGAUUCUAACCCAACAUCAAUUUUCUCAUAUUUGUUCAACGAACCACGAACAUACCAGUCAUCGUGGUUUCCAGUAAUACAAAAAUUGCACGUGGGUCCGAUCGGUGCCAGGUGCCAGCGGGUGAACUCCUCGAUCAUCUUGUUCUAUAAUUAUACCAAACAACAAUGGCGGUGGUAUUGGAUGCUUUAGCAUCGUACCUCCAAGACAUGUUGAUGGAGAUGGCCAAAGAAGAGGUGCAUCUGCUGUUGGGUGUCCCUGAUGAGAUAAAAAAGAUGGGCAUCAAGCUCGGGGACCUCAAGAGGUUCCUUGCUGAUGCUGACAAGAGGAACAUCACCGACGAGAGUGUGCAAUCAUGGGUCAGAGAGCUUAGGAAUGCCAUGUAUGAUGCCACCAACAUCAUUGAUUUGUGCCAGCUCAAGGCUACAGAACAGGGUCCAAGCAGGGAUAUGGGCUGCUUCAAUCCAUUGCUCUUUUGUAUGAGGAACCCUCUCCAUGCCCAUGACAUUGGCAAUCGGAUCAAAAAUCUUAAUGAGAGGCUAGAUGACAUUGAGGAACGUAGCAAAACCUUCAACUUCAUCAACCUUGCAUCUUAUGAGAACAACAGACGAAAGGUACAAUCCUCUUGUCGUGCUAGGCGUGAGACGACAGGGGAGGAUGAGGUCAGUGUUGUUGGUGAGAAGAUUGAUGAGGACACAAUACAUCUUGUGGAUUUGCUCACAAAGGAGAAAAAUGUACAUGAACACAAAAAAGUUAUGGUUUAUGCUAUUGUGGGAGUUGGAGGGAUCGGAAAAACCACCCUUGCCAAGAAGAUCUUCAACCAUGACAUCAUCAAACUAGAGUUUGAAAAGAGAAUGUGGUUGAGUGUUAAUCAAGACUUUAGUGACAUUGGUCUAUUAGAGAGAGCUAUCACUGAAGCACAAGGAGACCAUCAAGCAGCCAGAAACACAAAGGGUGCACUAGAGCGAAUCCUUAAAGAAGCCUUGGAGGGGUGCAAGACCUUAUUGGUGAUGGAUGAUGUUUGGGACCACCAUGCAUGGGAGAAGGUGCUCAAGCCUCCAUUGAUAAACUCACUUGCUCGAGGAAGCUGUGUUCUCGUAACAACUAGACAUGACACGGUCGCUCGAGGCAUGAUGGCGGAGGUGCCCUACCACCAUGUCGACAAACUAGAGCAAGAAGAUGCCUGGUGUUUGCUCAAAAACCAGGUGGUCAGAAAUGAAAAUAAUGAUGAACUAAAGGUUGAUACACUUAAGGACGUUGGAAUGUUGAUUCUAGAAAAAUGUGAUGGUUUGCCUCUUGCCGUCAAAGUAAUAGGAGGCCUCCUCCGACAGAAAAAGACAAGGCGUAGUGAGUGGACAAUGAUCCUAAAUGAUUCUACAUGGUCAGUAUCUCAAAUGCCUGAAGAGCUAAACUAUGCAGUAUACCUUAGCUAUCAAGAUUUGCAUCCUGAGUUGAAGUCUUGCUUUCUGUACUACGCCCUCCUCCCCAAGAGCAUGGUGUUUUGGUAUGACCGCAUUGUUGCCAUGUGGAUUAGUGAAGGAUUUGUUCAUGGAAACUCACAUGAUUUAGAAGUAUUAGGAAGAGAGUACUAUGACCAGUUAAUAGCUAGGAACCUUUUAGAGCCUGAUGAAGGGUACACAGACAAUAUGGUUUGCAAUAUGCAUGAUGUUGUUCGCUCAUUCGCUCAGUUCUUGGCUAGAGAUGAAGCACUGAUAGCUCACAAAAGCGAAGCUGGCCUUACCAAUAAUAUUAACCCACAAAAUGUUAUUCGGUUAUCACUAAAAAGCAAUGAGUCUGAGUCAAAUGAGCUAGGGUGGAGUUCUUUACAAGGACAUAUAUCACUACGAACACUGAUUUUAGUUGGGAAAAUAAAGAUGAACCCAGGUGAUUCACUGUCAUGUUUUCCAUGUUUACGGGCCCUACAUAUAGAAGAUGGAAAUUUUGAUGCCUUCUCUAAAUCAUUGGUCCAACUGAAACACUUGAGGUAUUUGUGCCUAGAUGGCACUGACACGUCUAAGCUGCCAGAAAAAAUAGGCAAGAUGAAGUUCUUGCAGUUCAUUGACCUUUCCAAUUGCAAAAAAUUGGUGAAGCUUCCUUGUGGCAUUGCAAAGUUACAUCAGCUGAGGUACAUAAGCCUUCUUUACUCAGGUAUAAACAAUAUACCAAGGGGUUUCUGCAGCCUAACUAAUUUGACGACAUUGAUGGGGUUUCCAGUCCACAUAGAUGGUGAUUGGUGUAGUUUGGAAGAAUUAGGAUCUCUUAACCAGCUGGCACAUCUUGAUAUACGUGGCCUUGAAAAUGUAUCUUCUUCCUCAUUUGCUAUAAAGGCCAGGCUUGCUGAAAAGGUGCGCCUCAGCUAUCUGUGGUUACAGUGCAGAGGUGCUCACCGCAUGGUAAAACAUGAAGAGCAACAACAAAUCCAGGAGGUGUUUGAUGAGCUCUGUCCACCACCAUGCUUGGAAAAUCUUACAAUCCAAGGGUACUUCAGUAGACAACUUCCAAAGUGGAUGACUUCAACAGAAAUUUCGUCCCUUGGAAGCUUGAGGAUUCUAGUGAUAGUAGACUUGCCUUAUUGUACGGAACUACCUGAUGGCUUGUGCCAGCUCCCCAGCUUGGAGUUGCUACAGAUUAAAAGUGCCCCACACAUCAAGGGUAUUGGGCCAGAGUUCAUAAUACCACACCAUCAUGAGCUCCCACGUGCUAUGGAAAACAUUGGUUCCGGGUUGGAAAUGGCGAUGGUUAGAUGUCCGCACCUCGAGAGGAUCAGCAACCUGCCAAAAUUGCAUAACCUCCGGAUCAUAAGUUGCCCAGAGUUGAAGGUGCUAGAGGGUUUGCCAUCACUUCAAAGACUUGAACUGGUGGACUACGACAUGAACACAGUCCCUGCAUACUUGCAGGACGUGAACCCAAGGGAUUUGCUUCUAUACUGUGACGCCUCUCUGCUUGCUUCUAUAGCUAAAGGGAAAUCUAGCCCUGAGUGGGACAAGUUCAGCCAUAUCAAGCAGGUUAAGGCAUAUGCAAAUGAUUACUACAGCAACAUUCGAAGGAAGUGGUAUGUGAAGUACACGAGAGAUCCUUUUAGCUUUAAGACAAACAUCAGGCUCUCUGCUGACGCUUCAGAGGAUGAAAUGGAGGAACUUUUAUUGGACGAAGUGGAGGAAAUUUCAAGGGACGAAAUAGAAUUAGAAUGUGUGGAUAUAGAACAACAGAGGGAGUAAUCAAGUGGAGUGCCCAUCUGUGGGGCGCAGUUGUUACUAGAAGCAGCAAUGCAGAAUAUGUGAUGUCAGUUUAUUCCUUUUUUUUAUGUCUGCGGGUUGUUCUGAGGAGGUCAGAUAUUCGACAGUGCAAAUAAAAUGAGACUGGAUUGUGAUGUGAAUUCGUUCGUUUUUCUUUACGUUACAGUUGAAUUUCGAUGGAGUUUGCCUCUGGAGAACUGAGAGGCUUGUGUAUGUAAAAGUUGAGUCGUUACUGAACAAAUGUUGUGAUACAGCUUCUUUCAGCUUGAUGGUUUAUGUUGUGUCUGGAAAAGGCUGCUUGCGAAUGGUGUGAGCUGCUUCUAUCCAUUUAUCAAGGCAAGUCAUUGUAAAAUGAGACCAGAUCCAAUCCUUUGCGCAA